AUGCCGCCAUACAUUAGCGCCAACUGAGAAAGUGGAUAUCAACUGCAUAGCAACAUCCAUUUUUCUACACUACGGGUGAAUGGACACGCAGAAAUGCUCACUUUGCAGUUUGGACAAUGCGGAAAUCAACUAGGAUAUGAUCUAUUCUCGAAAGUGUCCUCCGAUAUAGGAAGUUCGAACACUGGCGUUUCUUACGGUGCGAAUUACGAGUAUACGGAAAAUACUAUCGAGAAAUGGUUUGAUGGUAUCGCAGAAUGCGGUCGACACUUUGCAAAGGCAAUUCUCAUCGAUACCGAAGAGAAGGUUGUGAACAAGGUAUGCAAGAACGUAAACGCCUCGUGGCUCUAUCGAACGAGUAAUAUCGUUUGUCAGUCUGGUGGUGGUUCCGCCAACAACUGGGCUUAUGGCUACACAAUUAAUAGUCGACGCUUGUCAAACACUAUACUGAAUGUUACACGACAGGAGAUUGAGAAAUUAGAUCGAUCACAGGGAUUUCUACUGCUUCUUAGUUCAGCUGGUGGUACAGGAUCUGGUAUAGGAAGCCACAUGGUUGAACUUCUACGAGAGGAGUACGAAACUGAACCUAUCAUUGCAACAAUUGUAUUACCGUUCACCUUCGGAGAAGUUUGCACUCAAAAUUAUAAUACUAUACUGACUCUAGCCAAGUUCUCAGAUAGAGUAGAUUUUUCUGUGUUAAUCGAGAAUGAACAGAUGUACUCCAUGUGUACCAAUCUAUUGAAGCAUUCUAAUACCACAUUGCAUGACAUGAAUAACAUCAUUUCUGAGAAUCUACUUGCUGUUUUUCAACCUAGCAACAAUGCAAGAUGUAACACAAAUUUUGUAAUAUCCAAAAUAGCUACUCAUCCUAAUUUUAGAUUUGUAACAGUCAAGAGUACUCCACAUACUCCUGCAACAUCUUUGCAGUAUGAACCUACACAUAAAUGGGAAGUAUAUAUACGUCAUUUGAAGCAGACUCUUCGAGUAUCAAAGUCAGAAGUGGAAUUAACUAAUGCCCAACUAAAGAUACCAAAUCCUACGCUAAGCAAAACAGUAAUGUCUCACAUAUAUAGUCCUUGUGUGUCUAAUGUUCUUGUAACACGUGGCAAAUCUGUGGAAAAUGAUGUUAUCGCAUUGGAAGAUUUACAGAAAAAACAUCUAUACCCAGAGUGGAUUACUUUGGAUUCUUUUACUCAUUUGCAUCAAGAACGUAGGUUUCUGAACCGAGAUAAAUUUCUGGCGUUGGUAAGCAAUAAUUCUGAAAUACAUCGCCCAUUGGACAUAUAUCUAGACAAAGCGUGGGACUCUUACAAAUGUGCAGCUUUUUUGCAUCAAUAUAAACAAUUUGGUUUAGAGGAAGAUGAUUUUUUGCAAGCUUUUGCAAAAAUGGAAAACGUAGUGCAGGAAUAUAAAAACUUAAAAAGCCACAAUGGAAACUAAAUUUUU